AUGCCUCAGGUCCUUCUUCUAGGUGGUCACGGCAAAAUCGCCCUUUACUUGACACCUCUCCUUCUCGCUCGUUCGUGGAAUGUCACCAGUGUAAUUCGUAAUGCGGAGCAUGAGGUCGAGAUCCUGGCACUAGGAAACGGCAAGCCUGGCAAAGUUUCAGUCUUGCUCUCUAGUCUAGACGAUGUCAAGAGCCAGGCGGAUGCACAGGCGGUUUUGGAUAAGGUCAAACCAGAUUAUGUAGUCUGGGCUGCUGGAGCCGGAGGAAAAGGCGCUCCCCAACGCACAUACGCCAUCGACCAAGACGCCGCCAAAUACUUCAUCGCCAGCUCCUUCGCAGCCCCCUCCGUCACCAAAUUUUUAUUGAUUAGUCACAUGGGCAGCCGCAAAGUGAAGCCCUCCUGGCUCUCCGAAGACGGCUGGAAACGCACGCAAUGGCUCUGGAGCGUCGGCCUGCCCGACUACUGCAAGGCCAAAUGGGAAGCAGACCAGUACCAAACCGCGCUUGCGGCCAUCACAAAACAGCGAGAACCAACCCGUAAAUUCCAGAGCAUCAGUCUUCGGCCGGGCCAUUUGAUUGAUGACCCUGCCACGGGGAAGGUGGCGUUGGGACAUGUUGCUGCUGCGGAAGGGUCGGUGACGAGGGAGGAUGUGGCUAUUGUGGCUGAUCGGUUGUUGGCGAGGGAUGAUACGGAGGGGUGGUUUGAUUUGUUGGGUGGCGAGGAGUUGAUUGAUGAGGCUGUGGAGAGGGUUGCGAAGGAGAAGAUUGAUUCGAUUGGAGAUGAGGAUGUGGAUGCCAUGAUUAAGAAGUUUAAUCUGUGA